AUCAGUGGCGAUCAGUGAAAGCAUUUGAAGCGCUCGCAGCCUACUUCGUGUCUAGUUGACGGUAAGACAUCAUGGCGAUCGGUUAAGAUGUACAGUCAGGAUAUUCUGAAAAUUCAUUGUGAUAGUGUACGAUUUCGAAUCGUGCAUUAACGUGGAAUUUGUGGUUGAACAACAAAACGUUAAUCUUUCAUCACACGACGACGUCCAAACGCGAAUGACAGAAUGGUGAAGCUGACAGAAGAAAUGGUCGUGGCUCGUACGCGAAUGUCUGACUUUUCCGCCGUAAAGAAACUCAAUUGCUGGGGAACAGAAUUAACAGAUGUUAGCAUUUUGAGAAAGAUGAAAAAUGUAGAAGUAUUAUCAUUGAGCAUAAAUAAUAUUAACACUCUUGCCGAUUUUCAAUAUUGCCACAAGCUCCAGGAUUUAUUUAUAAGGAGGAACAAUAUUAAAGAUUUAAAUGAAGUUUGCUAUCUCCAAGGAUUACCUAAUUUACGGAAUUUGUGGCUUGGUGAAAAUCCAUGUGCGGAAAAAGACGGAUAUCGAUUUGCCGUAAUUCGAGCUUUACCAAAUCUUGAAAAAUUGGAUGAUAAAGUAGUCUCACCUGAAGAGGUGCAAACUGCAAUGACAAUAGGUCGACCUUUAGUACAUCCUCUUGAAAUGGAUGCUUCUCCACAAUCGGAUGCAAUAAGCCCAGAGGAUAUAGCAUACAUUGAAGAAGCUGAAUUGGAACGAACUAGGAGAUACAGUUCUUCUGGCGAUCAGAGAAGCUUUGAUGAAAUACUACACGCGCAUGAAGAAUAUGAUCCUGACAGGAGAAACGCAAAUUAUAGUGCAUCAUCUUCUCAUCAUUACUCACAAAAUAAUCAGUAUGCAUAUGAGCUGCAAAAUGGACAAUCAAAGAAUCAGAGCAAAGAUGACACUGUGCGUACAGAGGCACGCAGCAACAAUGAGACUGUGGUGACUAACACUCUUGAAAUAUCCAAGGAUUAUGAUGAUCGACCGGUAGGACAAAGGCAUAACGGAGAUUAUGACGAAAGGCGACCUUAUUCUGAGUACAGCGGAAAUGAAGUUUCUCAGCGCCUGUAUACGCCAACACCGCAACGUACACAAUAUGCUGGCAACGAACCCACAGAUGAUAAACGUAACGAGAGAAAUAAUUAUAGUUAUGAUGAGAGAACAAGAUUAGAAUAUGAAGAUUCACCGCAAUAUGAAGAUUUACCGCAACUUCAGACAUCUCAAACAAGGAGGGUAAUGACUCAUCAUAACGAAAGAAUUGAAAGGGAAGAUACAAGUCAAGUACCUGGUUGGGUAAGACACUCUGAAAAAGAUAAAUGCAGACAAUUUCACUAUCACAGACGUCCAGUAACAAGGAAUUCAAAUAUAUUAUCCGCUGUACUGUGCCUAGUUAAAGAAUUGGAUUAUCCAAGCUUAGAAGUGGUAGAAAUGGCCGUUAGAAAUCGAAUGGAUGAACUGGAAGAAUGAUGUUUCUGACACCGUCCCCAAAAUCCUCAGGGGACGGUCACUUUCUCUCAAAUCGGCAGCAUAUCUUCUGCUCCCAGCCCAGAAUUCUCCGAUUCACUUGACUCUACGAUAACUAAUACGAUUAGCCAGUAUGCUGAUAACGAUGGAAAUUGCAACAAUGACGAGCAUCGUGCACUUGACUAUCGAUUAUUUGAAGAAAAUAAUGAUAAGCAUCAGACUCGACGAAACGGGCCUGCCGAUAAAACUUGCUCAACACAGAGCCCGAAAACCGUAUCGAUCGACCCGAGUCCGAAAUUACUCGGAAAUAAUCAAUCUGUGUGUAAAAUCAGAGACUUAGUAUUGGACAAUUCAUCGUCGAAAAAAUAUGAGGAGAGAAAAAGUAACGAUGUGAGACGCGUGGCAAGCAGUGAUAGCAUUCCUCGUGGUGGUAACAAUGUUAUUUUAAAUCAGGGAUGCAGAGUUUUAAGCCAAGAUUGUGUUAGAAGAUCAAAAAACCCGGAUGUUAGGAAUACAAUUACACCACUUCGUUACAUUCAGUCGGCAAAAGGAACAUGGACGUACAAUUUGUAAAUUAAUUAAUGAUGUGAUGAAUUAGUCUUUCCUAAAAUAAUCGAAAUCUUUGUAAAUGUGACUAG